AUGAAUGACGAUACUAAAGAGAAACCCAUUUCAACUGCCUUUGAAGUAACCGAUGGAUUAUAUGCUGUUUCACCAUUAAUCGAGAAUGUGCCUCAUGAAUAUGAGUACUCAUGUAUCGAAUAUUAUGGUCAGCACAUCUACCUGGGCUCGACUUCAGGAGCGUUACUACACUAUUAUGAAUUAGAUGUUGGAAAUUUCACACUGAUCUCGGAAGUCAACUUCAAUGAAGACAGACCAACAGGAAUUGAUGGCAUAACGCUACUGCCGAAAAUUGAUAGAGCCUUAGUGUUGUCCGAAGGGAGACUCAAAAUGUUUCUCCUGCCUGAAUUUGCACCUGCUUCAAAUAUACCAAGUAUUAUGAAUAUAACAGAACUUUCACUUUUGGAGUUCUGUGAGAAAACACAAUGUUACUCGUGUUUCUUAUACACGAAGAACUUGGUAAAGCGAGUAAGCAUAACAAGCAAAGAGAUAAAAGUCGAACAGAAGUAUAACAUCAAGAGAAUUAGAAAGGCCAUUCCUUCAAAAGACGCAAAACUCCUUAUGGCAGCUGUUGAUAACUCUUACUCGAUAAUCCAUCUUGAAAAUGAGCUGGUAACUCCUUUAUUCAAAGUGUCUGAGACAGAUGAUGAGGAACUCUCACCAAUUGUGACAAAUUUUGGAAAAAGUGAAUAUAUCGUCACAUGUGGAAUAUCAAAUGACCAAAACUGUAUGGGACUUAUAUUAAACGAUGAUGGAGAAAUCACUCACGGUACCGUGGUUAUAGAAAAUUAUCCACUCACAGUUAUAGUUGAUAAUCUGUAUGUGCUAUCAGAAUUACAUGGUUCUAAAUGCCUUCAAAUUCAUUUAAUAAAAGAAAACAACGACCCAGUAGUUAUACAAAAUGUUAGAAAUCAAACCCCGUUUCAUAUUACAAAGUUGCAGACUCCUUUCAUAACGAGACAGUUUAAUAAAGAAUUAAUUGAAAAACUAAGAUAUGUCCCUUUAAUUGCAGAAGAACUCCAAUUUCGAGAAGAACAAGAAAAAGCAUAUGUGGCCAGACAAAUUGCGGUUGAAUGCCACAUGAUUAUCUACGGAAAAUGUGGUAUAUAUUCUUUAUGCCGAAAGCCAUUUCUACUCACCAUUUCGAGCUAUGGCGAAGAUACUCUUCCAAUUUUGAAGUCUUUCAUCACUGAAGAGUCACAAAGCAAUUACCAGCUUCUUCAAAAAAGCUACUUGCAGUUCCUUUAUGUCUUGCUGUUAACAUUACAUAUGGAACACAUUGAUAAAGAUUUAAUCGAUGCCUGGCUCAAAUAUAUUGAUGUUGCAGAUAUCAGAGUAUUAAUUUACCUACUUGGUUUCGACAUUUACGGAGAUUUGUGGAUUCCUAAUGGGUUAUUAGCAUUUUCAAAAAAAUUGCAUUCAUUGAAGCUAGUUCACAAGUGUAAUGACGUUCUGAACAUCAUACAAUACUUGAAAUUUCAACUAAAAGAAACGUGUUCCGAUAGCUUAAAAGAUAGUGCGAACGUUUAUUUAUCGCUCGAUUUAAUUCUAUUACGUGAUAACAUCGCUAAAGGCAGUUCAAAUGUUGAUGAAUACGAGGCGACUAGUUACCAAGAAAUUGCUAAAGAGCUUUCUAAGCAUAAAAAAGAACAUUCAGAAACUUUAAUAGCCAUAUAUGAAAAGACAAAAGAAGUGACCCCAUUGCUCGAAAUACUAAGACAAACAGAUCAAAAAAGGCUCAUAAAUUACCUGAAUACUCAUUUCCAAGAGCUACCCGAUACUUACUCUAAAGAAAUGCUGACUGAUGAUAUUUCAUCAGCUUUGAAAGAUUAUAACGAUGACACUGUAAGCGACGUUUUACAAUUAAUAAACAAUUUAAACUUAGAUGUGAAAAGACUCAUCUCAUCCAUCGAAGACCCUGAUACAAAGGUUCUCUUGCUUGAAAAACUGGGUGCGAGUUCCACCCAAGAUUUGACAUUUCUUUACGAGUACUAUAAAGCUAAACUUACUGUUUUGAACAGCAAGCUAAUAGAAAGUUCCAAUUUACCAAUUACGGAGUACAUUACCAACAUGACAUAUAACAAGUCUCCUUUCAAAGAGUAUUUGAAAAAUAAGCUGGGUGAGAAAAAGGAAUAUGAGGGUUGCUUCGAUGUAGGGACCAAGCUUCUGAAAAUAGAAAAGGCUUUAAAUAUAAAAGAAGGUUCUAUUAUUGAUGAUAUCGAUGCUUCUUUCGUUCUACGAAUCAUGAUCACAGAUAUCAGUGUAUUAAAGGAAAAGAUCGGGUUCGAAAAACUACUUGAUAUAUAUUUAUCACGGAAUGAUUUUGCUACGGUGGAGUCCUUGUUACAAGCCAACGAUAAGGUAGUGCUGAAAGUUAUCGAUCACUAUCUAAGUCUCAACAAUACUAGGGUCAUUAGUCAAUUCCUUAACAAGAAUACGUGUUGUAUAAACGACUCUGGGCUACUUAUAGAAAUUUUGGAAAAAAUACCCCCAACCAUUCAAAUAUCAGUGUUAUCGGGUUUCCUAUUUCCGUUACUCAGACGAAAAGACGAAUCAACAUAUAAUCUACAGAUUAAGAAAGGAAUUUUAAGGCAUCGUACUCAGAAUAUAAACAAUAUCGAACGUUGUUUAGAACUGUGA